AUGGCGGGCAUCUUCGAGGACCAGGAGUACAACAAGUCGGCGACUCAGUAUGUCGCGCACGGUGUCGAAGAUCAAGAACCGCGGCCACCAUACCACGACUCGCCGUCAUCCUUUCGGGCUAUUAUUCCCGACGACGGACAUAUUGUUUCCCAACAUGAACAGCAGAAUUUGAUACGAGGAUUGUCACAGCGCCAUGUGCAAAUGAUUGCGAUCGCUGGUGCUAUUGGGACAGGUCUUUUCCUGGGCCUUGGCGGCUCUAUAGCAACAGGUGGUCCACUCGGCGCACUUUUGGGCUACGUCUUUGUCGGCGCAGUGGUUUGUGCCAUUCAAUUCUCACUCGGUGAAGUGUCUGCGCUUCUUCCGGUGACUGGUUCUUUCGUACGACAUGCAGAGGUCCUGGUUGACCCGGCGCUGGCCUUUGCAGUCGGCUGGAACGUCGUUUAUGGAUGCUUCAUCAGCGUGCCAAGUGAGAUCUCCGCAAGUGUAGUGCUGAUCCAGUACUGGACGGAUAUCAAUGCAGCGGUGUGGGUGACCAUUCUGAUUAUCAUAUCGGUCGUCGUCGCCAUCUCAUUCAUUCGCGUUUACGGCGAGGUCGAGUUCGUGUUUGCGAUCUUGAAGAUCCUCCUGGUCAUUUUCGUGGUCAUCCUGGGCUUGGUCAUCGAUCUCGGGGGAGUGCCCGGUGUACCGCGAUUGGGUUUUCACUAUUGGAAAGAUCCUGGCUCGUUCGUCGAGUAUAUCGCCACCGGUUCCUGGGGGUGCUUCCUCGGCUUUUGGGCUGUCAUGACGAAUGCGGUGUAUUCUUUCGCUGGCGUGGAGUCGUUGGCGAUGGCUGCCGCUGAAACGAAAAAUCCGCGUCACAACAUCCCAAAGGCCUGUAAACGUGUCUUUGCACGGAUCACUAUUUUCUACCUGGCUGCUGUGCUGGUAGUCGGUAUGAUAGUGUCUAGUCAAGAUGAUCGACUUGGUUGGGAUGGUUCAACGGCAGCGCAGAGUCCCUUCGUGAUCGCUGCUAGUGAUGCCGGAAUCAAGGCCAUUCCUUCCAUUGUGAAUGCCGUGUGUCUGACAUCUGCCUGGUCAGCCUCCAACCAGAGUAUUCUGGCAGGAACGAGAACGCUAUACGGACUCGCGAUCAAGGGCCAUGCUCCCAAGGUCUUUCUCUGGACCUCAAAGUGGGGUGUGCCGUACAUGUGUGUUCUGCUGCAGGUUGCUUUCUCUCUACUGGCCUACAUGUGCAUUUCCAACGAGGCCUUGACUGUCUUCUUCUGGUUCGUCGAUUUGACAGCGGCUGGUACAUUGGUCUCGUGGAUCACGAUUGCUCUCAACCAUAUCCGGCUGCUGAAAGCCCUGAAGAAACAAGGCAUCUCGCCGGAUCAGCUACCGUGGCAUAACCGUAUAACUAAAUAUACCUCUUGGUUUGCCCUGAUCUACUGCAUCAUUAUUUUGCUGACAGGAGGCUUUACCGUAUUCACGAAAGGAAAUUGGGAUCCAGCUUCGUUCGUGUCAUCGUACUUAGAUAUCCCGCUUGUUUUGGGUGCGUACGGAGGAUAUAAACUGAUCCACCGCACCAAAAUUGUUUCCCUGCAAGCAGUUCCUAUUACACAAGCCCUCGAAGAAGCUGAAAAUGACCCGGAUAAUGUACCCAUUGUGAAAAAUCGCAGCUUUUGGUCAAAGAUCAACAUCCUGUGGGGAUGA